CGGUGGGCGGGGUUCCAGGCUCCCCAGCGCGCAGGCGCGGACCCCAUGCUCCGCGCCGCGUCUCGCUCUGUGGCCCGCGCCACGGUCCGCUGUGCGCGAAGCCCCGGGCCGCCGCAGGCUCGCACUACCAGCGCCGCCGCCAUGUCCAGGCCGUCACGGUCUGCCUCGGGCGUCCCGGUCCGGCCUGCCACUGUGCUGGGCACCAUGGAGAUGGGGCGCCGGAUGGACGCGCCGGCCAGCGCCGCGGCUGUGCGCGCCUUUUUGGAGCGCGGCCACACCGAACUGGACACAGCCUUCAUGUACAGCAACGGCCAGUCCGAGAGCAUCCUGGGCGGCCUGGGGUUCGGGCUGGGUGGCCGCGACUGCAGAGUGAAAAUUGCUACCAAGGCCAAUCCCUGGGAUGGAAAGUCACUGAAGCCGGACAGUCUCCGGUCCCAGCUGGAGACAUCACUGAAACGACUGCAGUGCCCCCACGUGGACCUCUUCUACCUGCAUGCACCUGACCACGACACUCCCGUGGAAGAAACGCUGCGCGCCUGCCACCAGCUGCACCAGGAGGGCAAGUUUGUGGAGCUCGGCCUCUCCAACUAUGCCGCCUGGGAGGUGGCCGAAAUCUGUACCCUCUGCAAGAGCAACGGCUGGGUCCUUCCCACGGUGUACCAGGGCAUGUACAACGCCACCACCCGGCAGGUGGAGACGGAGCUCCUCCCCUGUCUCCGGCACUUCGGACUGCGAUUCUAUGCCUACAACCCUUUGGCUGGGGGCCUGCUGACCGGCAAGUACAAGUAUGAAGACAAGGACGGGAAACAACCUGUGGGCCGCUUCUUUGGAAAUAACUGGGCUGAGACCUACAGGAAUCGCUUCUGGAAGGAGCACCACUUUGAGGCCAUCGCCCUGGUGGAGAAGGCCCUGCAGGUUGCCUAUGGCACCAGCACCCCCAGCAUGACCUCAGCUGCCCUACGCUGGAUGUACCACCACUCGCAGCUCCAGGGUGCCCAGGGGGACGCGGUCAUCCUGGGCAUGUCCAGCCCAGAGCAGCUGGAACAGAACCUGGCAGCGACUGAGGAGGGGCCCCUGGAUCCCGCUGUCGUGCAGGCCUUCGAUCAGGGUUGGCACCUGGUUGCCCACGAAUGUCCCAACUACUUCCGUUAGGCCCAGUCCUGACUUGGGGUGGCAGCGGGUUCACCACGUCUGCCACCUUUCAUUUCUCACUCUGGCCUUAAGCUGAUGUAGCCUUUUCUUUCCUCAUCUCAGCCCACCAUUUGUUUCCUGUACUCUCAUGUGACUCCCUGUUGCCUUCACAAAGUGUAAAGGCUGGAUUUCCCGGCCAAAUAAAGCAGGCGCUUGACCUGGGGUAGCCCAGGCCGAGCCA